CGGGCUAGGCCGGGAGCGCGCGCGAGUUCUCCGCAUCGGCCGCCGGAGGGGCGGGGCCGGGCACGUGUCCUCGGGCCACCCCUCUGCCACGUGACCGCCGAGGGCAGGGUCGCGGCGGGACCCGGGGCCCGGGCCGCGCAGACCCACAGGCAGCGGGCAGCAGUGACAGGCGGUGGGGCAGCCCGGCGGCCCCGGGCGGAGUCGGCGGCGGGCGGGGACGGCGCGAGGAGCUAGCGGAGAUCGCCGCGGCGGCGCAGGGAACCUACGCCCGGCGGGCCCCCAGGCGCCGGGAUGUGGAGCGGCCAGCCUCACCCGGACGAGGGCCACCCGCCGCCCCUUGAAGCUGUCCCAGUCCCCUGGAAGAGCGUGGGCCCCUGCAAAAGCCACAGGGAGUCCCUGGGAGGCCUGCCGGAGACCCCUGCAGGGGAGGAAGCCCAAGGCGAGGAGGGCGCUGCAACCACCCAGCUGGACGUGUCGCGCCUGCGCAGCUCUUCCAUGGAGAUCCGAGAGAAGGGCUCGGAGUUCCUGAAGGAGGAGCUGCACAAAGCCCAGAAGGAGCUGAAGCUGAAGGAUGAGGAGUGUGAGCGGCUGUCCAAGGUGCGGGAACAGCUGGAGCAGGAGCUGGAGGAGCUGACAGCCAGUCUGUUCGAGGAAGCCCAUAGGAUGGUGCGUGAGGCCAACACGAAGCAGGCGGCGUCGGAAAAGCAGCUGAAGGAGGCCCGGGGCAAGAUUGACAUGCUGCAGGCAGAGGUGACGGCUUUGAAGACACUGGUCAUCACGUCCACACCAGCCUCUCCCAACCGCGAGCUCCACCCGCAACUGCUCAGCCCCACCAAGGCUGGACCCCGCAAGGGCCACUUGCGCCACAAGAGCACCAGCAGCGCCCUCUGCCCCGCUGUGUGCCCCGUUGCCGGGCACAUCCUCACCCCGGACAAGGAGGGCAAAGAGCCGGGGCUGCCUCCCCUUCUCUCCCUGCUCCUCUGCGUGGUCCCCAGCAAGGCGGCUCACCUCACCUACGAGCCGGCCUGGCAGCUCCCGCCUGGGGAGCUGCCCGUGGCCCUCACCUCCGCUACCUCCCUCUCCUUUUCCCGACAGGUGGACACAACCCUGUUUGCGGAGUUCCAGGCCUGGAGGGAAUCGCCCACCCUGGACAAGACCUCCCCAUUCCUGGAAAGGGUAUACCGGGAGGAUGUGGGCCCCUGCCUGGACUUCACCAUGCAGGAGCUCUCAGCCCUCGUCCGGGCCGCCGUGGAGGACAACACGCUCACCAUCGAGCCCGUGGCUUCGCAAACCCUGCCCGCAGUGAAGGUAGCUGCCGUCGAGUGUGGUCGCACCAAUGGGUUCCGGGCCCCGAUUGACACUACAUGUGCCCUGAGUGGGCUGGCCUGCGCCUGCCGUCACCGAAUCCGGCUCGGGGACUCUGAGAGCCACUAUUACAUCUCACCGUCCUCCCGGGCCAGGAUCACGGCCGUGUGCAACUUCUUCACCUACAUCCGCUACAUCCAGCAAGGCCUGGUGCGGCAGGACGCGGAGCCCAUGUUCUGGGAGAUCACGAGGCUGCGGAAGGAGAUGUCACUGGCCAAGCUAGGCUUCUUCCCCCACGAGGCUUAGGGCAUGGCCCAGGCCUGGAGGGCGGCUCUGAGCUGGAAACAACACCUGCCCCAGGACAGACUGACAGACGGGGUCCUGGAGCCAGCCCUGAGCCAGAAGCUGAACGGAGGGACAAAUGGCCAGGCCUCGGAGGCAGCACUGAGCCGGCCCCAAAUGUCCAACCCUGGACAGGACCUCAGGAGGUGACCUCCUCUCCUCCACAGUAGUGCUGCAGCCACCAGGAGACUUUCAAGAAAGCGCCAAAGACCAAGGAGCUGGGAACCAUUGCAAAGGGGCUCAGGCCUUGGCAGGGGACCCCUGGGGCAGCCAGCACCCCCUUGCUAUCCCAGGAGCUAUUGCCUGCUGGUGCCUUGCUGGUCCCAUCUCCAGGGUAUCGUCCUCAUCCUUCCAGUUCGCAAGCCCUGGGCACCAGCACCCCCUAGUGGCCAUGCUUCACCCCAUCCCCAAAUGGCCUCCCCACCGAAGGCCUAGUGGGCCUGCCAUCCCAGGUGCCCACAGCGCAGCAGAGUUAGGAGGGGCGGGCAGGGCCUCCCCGGCUGUCUUCCACUCCAUCCUGUAUCUGCCAGAGAUUGAUCGGGCCCUCGUCCCCCUCCCUCCCUGCCGGCUGAGCCCUACGCUGCAGGGAGCCCUGCUCGCAGCCCUGCUGGGAGGAUGGGGGCACUGUCCUCCCAGAGUCAAACACAGAUGGGCCACAGGACGCCCAGGCCUCUUUUCAGCUGUGCCUGGCCAUUCAGACAACGGGGGCUGAGAUCGCCCAGCCCUGCAUGCAGGCCUGGGGUGGGGCGGGCAGGACCCGGGCCCCUCCUCACCCCACACGGUGCCGGGGAGCCAACCUGGACACAUCCCUCACCACGUCCAAUUUCCUCCUCUGAAUGGAAUGUAACGCGGUCUAUUUAAUAAAGGAUGGCUUUGUUGGUA